AUGGAGAAGAAGCCAACCAUCCUCAUGAACAGGUACGAGCUCGGGCGCAUGCUCGGGCAGGGCACCUUCGCCAAGGUGUACCAUGGCCGGAACCUCGCGUCCAGCCAGAGCGUGGCCAUCAAGGUCAUCGACAAGGAGAAGGUGCUGCGCGUCGGCAUGAUCGACCAGAUCAAGCGGGAGAUCUCCGUGAUGCGCCUCGUCCGCCACCCCAACGUCGUGCAGCUGCACGAGGUGAUGGCCAGCAAGAGCAAGAUAUACUUCGCCAUGGAGUACGUCCGGGGCGGCGAGCUCUUCACCCGCGUCGCCCGGGGCCGGCUCAAGGAGGACAGCGCAAGGAGGUACUUCCACCAGCUCAUCGGCGCCGUCGACUUCUGCCACAGCCGCGGCGUCUACCACCGGGACCUCAAGCCGGAGAACCUCCUCGUCGACGAGCACGGCAACCUCAAGGUCUCCGACUUCGGCCUCAGCGCCCUCAAGGAGUGCCAGAAGCAGGACGGGCUGCUGCACACCACCUGCGGCACGCCUGCGUACGUUGCGCCGGAGAUCAUCAACAAGAAGGGCUACGACGGAGCCAAGGCCGACAUCUGGUCCUGCGGCGUCAUCCUCUUCGUCCUUCUCGCCGGCUACCUCCCAUUCCAUGACGCCAAUCUCAUGGAGAUGUACCGCAGGAUCAGCAGGGGUGACGUCAAGUACCCGCAGUGGUUCUCCUCUGAUCUGCGGCGGUUCAUGUCCAAGCUCCUCGAUCCGAACCCAAACACCAGGAUCACCAUCGAGAAGCUGGUCGAGCACCCGUGGUUCAAGAAGGGGUACAAGCCGGCUGUCAUGCUGGCACAGCCGCACGGCUCCAACAGCCUCAAGGAUGUUCAGGUUGCCUUCAGCACCGCCGACAAUGAAGACGGCAGCAAGGUGGAACAGCCGGCGGGAAGCUCCUUGAAGCCGACGAGCCUGAACGCGUUCGACAUCAUCUCCCACUCCAGAGGAUUUGAUCUGUCAGGCCUGUUCGAGGUGGACCAAGAGCAGAAGGCCAGCAACUCACGGUUCAUGACCCAGAAGCCGGCGUCAGCGAUAGUGUCAAAGCUGGAGCAGAUUGCUGAGACAGAGCGCUUCAUGGUGAAGAAACAGGACGGCCUGGUGAAGCUGCAGGGGUCCAAAGAAGGGAGGAAGGGGCAGCUUGCGAUCGACGCCGAGAUCUUCGAGGUGACACCGGCCUUUUAUGUCGUCGAGGUGAAGAAGUCGGCAGGCGACACGUUGGAGUACGAGAGGUUCUGCAACAAGGGCCUAAGACCUUCACUCAAUGACAUCUGCUGGAGCAGCCAAUCAGAGGAGAAGCUGACUCCUUCAGUGGUUCAGUCAUCACCAUUGAAGCCAUCCUCUUAG